AUGUCUCUGUCCGAAAAAGUCGAAGGUCUUUGUCGCAAUCCUCACAGUGUCUCACAGGCGCUAGCCGAGGACCCCUCACUGUCACCUGGAGAAGCUGCGAAGAAGCUCUAUCAUCCUGACAACAUCUCAAUCAGCGAAGGACAUGUACCCUCAGUGAGAAAGCCCGCGACUGGCGAAGAGCUCGAACGCGCAUUGCAAUGUGGAAAGUUCACCACACCACCCAGCGAGCUGUUCUUACGCGUGUUCCACGACAGCUUGAUGCCGCUUGAACAUGAUCCUCUUAUGGAAAAGGAAGUCUUGCUUGCAACAAAUUACUGGAUGGACUCUGAUGCUUCACGACUCAUUACCGAUGGCCUCAAAGAGCUCUCGAAACGUGCUGGCGAGAGGGGCGAACGGGCAGCCGUAAAAAUCAUGUACGAUAGAGGAAAUGUCAAGCAGGUUAUCGAUAAUCACCAAACGGUAUUGGAGGACGAGUACACUGGCAAAAACAUUCGCCUUCCAUCUACCAAAGAAGCACCCAACCUCGACCUGCAAGUCUUGAACUACCACAGACCAAUGCUGGGCACUUUCCACUCAAAGUUCAUGGUGGUGGAUAGAAAAAUCGGUAUCGUCAGCUCGAACAACAUCCAAGACAAUUCCAACAUGGAAAUGCCACCUCUACCAUCGCGUAACACACCCGCUGCUCAAGGCGGCUUACCAACCUUCGACCAACCAUCCUUUCACAGUUUGUUCGAUCAGAAUGGCAACCUGAACGUUCCCGAACGGGGCAGCAGUCGUUCGCUGGACGAAGUUGCAGAGGCUGGCAAGCGCACAGAACUACCCCUGCAUGCUCCGGGCGAUCCACACUACGACGUAGAUAUCGCAGCUGAGGUUACUCGUAUGCAAUCCGUCAUGUCACCUAGACAUGGUGAGACUGGUCCUCAAGUCGCAGCCCGCCAUCUCAAUCGUGGCCGACAUCUGGACGUCAAGACAACCAUUGAAGGCGAGUAUGCUCUAGGCGAGGAGAUGACACCUUAUAUCCCACACAAGGUACAUAACCUUGUGCCAAUGGCAUUGGUGAAUCGCAAGCCAUACGGCGCGACCAACCACAAUGGUGUGUUUAUGCCACAAAAUGAGGCCUGGUUGUCUGCUGUACGCAACGCCGCUCGUUCUGUGUUCAUCCAAACGCCCGACCUCAAUGCAGCACCCUUGAUACCCGAACUUCUGGCCGCUGUACGUCGUGGAAUCGAAGUCACAUACUAUGUAUGCCUGGGCUACAACGACGCAGGCGAGCUUCUUCCCUUCCAAGGAGGCCACAACGAGGGCGUAGCAAACAAGCUCUACACAUCCCUCGCCAAAGACGAAGACGUAGCACGCAAUCUCCUACACAUACACUAUUACACCGCCAAAGACCAGGUCGCUCCUAUCCACGACAGCUUCAAACAGCGUUCCUGCCACGUCAAACUCAUGAUUGUGGACGAGCAUCUCGGAAUCAUGGGUAAUGGAAACCAAGACACUCAAUCCUGGUACCACAGCCAGGAAGUCAACAUCAUGAUCGACAGUGCCGAGAUUGUUGGCAAGUGGCGCGAGGGCGUCGAGAGAAACCAGAACACGGGCAGGCUAGGCAAAGCAAGCAAUGUUGAUGGCAUCUGGCGCGAUGCGCAAGGCAAACAAGCACCCGGAGCCAUUGGUGUGGAUGCAGGAAAGCUGAGUUGGGCAAAGGGCAUCGUUGGUGCUGUGCAGAGGGUCAGGGGUGCUGGAGGUUUCUAA